AUGGAGUCGCUAUACAACAAUCGCAUCCUAUGGCUGUGUCUAGGUAGUUGCAUUCGGAUAACGCUUGGGUAUUUUGCGGCGCGUGGGAUCGUCGCAGACCUUCACCGGGUCCGCGAGUUGACGGAGAUCAAGCAUGACGACAAUGAGGAACGCAUGAUAAGUCAGGGCACUGAAGACGCGCUCAAGCUCGAGACCCUCCAGAAGCUCUCCGAAAGCAGCAACUUUGAUCUCCGAGCAGCGGCUCUUCGAAUUGUGGCCGAACGGUCAACCAAAGGAUCUACGCGGGAUUUGCUGCUGCGAGAUUUGGCAAGCAAGGACAAGGAGCGACGAAACAAGGCUCUUACCGCUAUGCACUUUCUGGUUUCCAAUCGUGCUCUCGCGCGAUCGGCCGUACCUAGCAGAUUAAAAGAUCUCCCGACCUACAUCGCCCUUGUCGACUGCCUAUGCAAUUUUCUCGAAGAACAUACCGAAGAAACCGGCACAACCGAGUCCCCCAUUCUGCCAAAAACGAGACCGCCCGGUGAAAAGAAAGCGUUGAGCACGCUUAAUAUCAUCCUUUCAGAGAAUAUACCCGCUGCCCUGGAAGCUGGAAUCGUCAGUCGGUGGCUCUGUAAUUAUCCUUUCCCCUGCCUUCGCGAGACGGAACACCACCGCCGUGAUGUUGUCUGGCUCAUGAAGACCUGGUGGUCUGAUGAUUCAGUCAUGAGCUCGAUCAUCAACACGCUUAUGUCCCACCAGGAUGGGAUUCGGCAACUACGGAAAUAUGGCCUAAUGGGCAGUAUGAUGGAAAACGAUCAUGACGAUUACGAUGGAGGCAGUGAUGUGUGGAUGGUCGACGGCGAUGACACUGCAGGCUCAAGACGCGUUUCGGGACGGCGCCAACCCGAUGAAAAUGCAGAGGAGCAGGCCCUCCGGAGGCGAAGAAGAGAGGCCAUGGUCUUCAGUGAAGGAGGGCGACCUCUGGACAAUGACAACAUAAUCCAGCCGCCUCCUAGCGAGUGA